UCCAAAUCUUCCACCUUUGGGAUUUGAUUUCUGCCCUUCAGAACUGCAUACUUGUUCUUAAGAACUUCCAGGACAAGCUGUGUUAUAUCCCCUGCUGAUCCGAGCCGGUUCUUUUACAGUUGAUAGCCAUGCAGGUGUCCUUUGCAUGUACGGAUCACGGGCUGAAGGCUCCACGCACCAGCGAACCAAACAAGCAGAACACGUCAAGUCCAAGCACAGCCAGCGCUGCACGGGCUCGGUUCCGAACAGUGGCGCUGAUCGCCCGUAGUCUGGGUUCUUUCUCGCACAGACACCAUAUUUCUCUAAAAGAGUCCACCGGAAAACUCACUGGUAUGAAGUACAGGAAUCUUGGGAAGUCAGGACUACGAGUGUCAUGUCUUGGACUUGGCACUUGGGUGACAUUUGGGGGGCAGGUUUCAGAUGAGGUGGCAGAGCAGCUAAUGACUAUAGCCUAUGAAAACGGUGUCAAUCUCUUUGACACUGCAGAGGUCUACUCAGCUGGGAAAGCUGAAAUUAUCCUAGGAAACAUUAUCAAGAAGAAGUGUUGGAGGAGAUCCUCCCUGGUUAUCACCACCAAGCUCUACUGGGGAGGAAAGGCCGAGACAGAGCGUGGACUCUCGAGGAAGCACAUUAUUGAAGGUCUUAAGGGUUCCUUGCAGAGGUUACAGCUGGAAUAUGUGGAUGUGGUUUUUGCCAAUCGCCCUGACAGCAACACACCUAUGGAGGAGAUUGUGAGAGCCAUGACUCACGUCAUUAAUCAUGGUAUGUCCAUGUACUGGGGAACGUCACGCUGGUCAGCUAUGGAGAUCAUGGAGGCGUACUCUGUAGCGAGGCAAUUUAAUCUGAUUCCUCCUGUGUGUGAACAGGCGGAGUAUCAUUUCUUUCAGAGGGAUAAAGUAGAAAUGCAACUGCCUGAACUGUACCAUAAGAUAGGUGUUGGUGUGGUGUCCUGGUCCCCUCUGGCUUGUGGGAUCAUUACAGGAAAGUAUGAGAACUGCAUUCCAGAAUCCUCCAGGGCCUCUUUGAAGUCAUACCAGUGGCUGAAGGAGAAGAUUCUGAGUGACGAUGGCAGAAAGCAGCAGACCAAGCUUAAGGAAUUGACCCACAUUGCUGAGAGGCUCAGCUGUACCCUGCCACAACUUGCAAUCGCCUGGUGCCUCCGUAAUGAAGGAGUGAGUUCUGUUCUCCUAGGGACCUCUAACCCUGCGCAGCUCACUGAGAACCUGGGGGCGAUACAGGUUCUUUCAAAGAUCACCUCACACGUGGCCUCGGACAUCGACAAAAUCCUGGGCAACCACCCCCACAGUAAGAAAGACUAUCAUCACUAGGCCUUCCUGUGAACCUGUACACCUUGAGACUCAGGAUCCCAUGCCAGCCCUCUUGUGUCGGCAGGUGUCCGCAUUCCACCAUCUCAUCUUCUCCUGCAGAGAUCCACUGUUACUAUUACAGUAGAAAUGCUAAAGUGUUAUGCAUGCUUCUGUUUGACCUAAACCUGAGCUCAUCCUUGCGUGAAGAUCUCUGUGGAGACACACCUGCCCAUGAAGCACAGAAGAUUUUGGACCCUUGUCCAUAGGAUUACAGUAUGCAUUCAGCUGUCCAUCUCCCAUAUGUGCCAAAGUGAACCUGGUCUUGACCCUUGACCUCUGGAGAUCCUAAAAAAUGGGUAGACAGAGAGAUAAAUGACAGGGCCUAGUGAAUUAUUGUCUAUUAAAUGAACAUACUGUAGGAGAAAACACUGCAUAUUAUGCUGAGUAUGUAAAAACUAAGAGCUGUGACAUAAGGCAGUGCAGCAUGUAGAGUUGAACUGUUUAACCCUUCCACAGUCUUCGUUACAGGCUGACAAUUCCCAGUCAAAUUUGACUGGAUACAGUAAUCAUGUAUUUUUUUUUUAUUUUUUUUUUUUUAGAAAUGUAAUAAAACUAACUUCACUAAAGUCAAAACACUAAACUUAUGCAUUUAUUUGGGAAUAUAAUGGUAUUUAGACCUAAUAUACCUCUAAAUUACUAUUUACACCACUUAUUUUCAUAUAAAAUGAAAAAUAAGAAAAUAUCGAAAUAUGUCAUGGAUUUGGAGCAUCUGUUGCUAUCUGCUGGAAAAAAUUUAUACAUACAUUUCCAUGAAAUGACAAUUAUAACCAGUAGAUGGCUGCAGCGAUACACACAUGCUGCCUGGUCACUGCAGACCACUGUUGAAACAAAGUUCUAGAUAUUAAGUUAUGAAUUUGGAUAUAUAUUUAAAAAUUAUCAAAGUCUUAUUGUUAUUAAAAGUUUAGCAUUUAUUUUAUGUUUGCAGUCAGACUUGACCAUGGUGUUACGAAGAGAAUACUUAGAGUAAGCGUUUUGUUAUGAACCAUUUAUUAGAUAACGAACAGCAAGAUAAUGAAAAGAAAGAUAAUGAACAGCAAGAAACAAAUUAUUUAUUAAAAAAAAAACAGUAAUAAACACUGAAGAAGUAUAAUAAAGUCUUGUUUGUAAUAAUAUAUAAUAAUGUCUUUAAAAUCAACUUUUAAUAACUUUACAUAAAAUAAUAGAUAGAAGUGUUUUGUCUGGAUGGUGUGGCUCCCACGCCUUAGGUUUGUAUAUACACUACCGGUCAAAAUUUUUGAAACACUUACUCAUUCUUUAUUAUAUAUAUAUAUUUUUUUUAGAACAAUAGUAAAGUCAUUAAAACUAUGGAAUAACAUAAAUGGAACUAUGGGAAUUAUGUUGUGACUAAAAAUCCAAAAUAAAUAAAAACUGUGUUAUAUUUUAGCAUCUUCAAAGUGGUCACCCUUUGCCUAGAAUUUGUAGACAUGUACUCUUGACAUUUUCUCAACCAACUUCUUGAGGUAUCACCCUGGGAUGAUUUUUAAACAGUAUUGAAGGAGUUCCCAUCUAUGUUGGGCACUUAUUGGCUGCUUUUCUUUAUUAUUUGGUCCAAUUCAUCAAUUUCAUUUUUUUUUAUUACAUUUUAGUUUUAUAAUGAAAUAAAUUAAUAUGGUGGCACAAUUAUAUUUUUGUCUACAAAACGAAUUUCAAACAUUUAAGCAUACGCCUUCAGAUCAAAAGAUUUUUAAAAUCAUGAGAAACAUUUCAGUCAAGUGUUUCAAAACUUUUGACCGGAAGUGUAUAAUGUAUAUAUAUGUGGGUGUGUGUGUGAGAGAGGGAGAUAGAUAGAUAGAUAGAUAGAUAGUGUGUGUGUGUGUGUGUGUGUUAAUGUGUGUGUGUUAACGUGUGUUAAAGUCUAAUUCUUUGUUUUUUCUUAUGCUCUGUCAAAUUGGCCCAGGAAUACGAAAGGUGUAACACUGUUUGAUAAAACCACUCAGAUCCAUAGAAUCAAUUCAGAUUUUUAUUUAUUUUAUUUUUUUUUUUCUGUGUUCAGAUGGCAAUUGCAGGAAAAGUCACCAAGCCUUGUACCACUCUAAAAUCAAAUCAGUCAAAAAUGACAGAAGACAGUAGAAGGGUUAAGCAAUGUGUGCAAACAUAUAUGUGUUGGAUUAAAAAGCCAUCAACAGCAGAGUGGGCUGUUAUUAUGUUAAUAUGUUGUCCAAAAUGUUCCACAUUUUGUCUCAAUUAUCUUUAAAUGAGCUAAUGACUGUUUGUGUGUGUUUUUCUCUGUAAUCCCUCACAUUUGUGCAAUGUCUGAUCUGUCCAAAGUUCUUUUUUUCCUGCUGCUUUUAAUUAACAUUAUAAAUAGCUUAGUUUGUUCAAUUGCUUUUUCAGCAAAUGACACUGGUUAAAGACAUGCUUGCUGCUGUAUUUGCAAACCUUUGAACUGCUAAGCAGUACAUACUUGAGAUUCAAAGAGUGAAAAAAUAUCCACAAGUGGGGUCAACAUUUUUACAAACUUGAAAAUGAUAAAGCUGUUAAUUUAUGCAUUGUGCAGAGUGCGUUUAACAUAGAAUAA